UCAACCGGACGUACCAUCUGCAAGCCGAGGACGAGGCCGACCGGGCAGCCUGGAUGUCGGUGCUGAUGAACUGCAAGGAGGGCGCCCUGCAGAAGGUGUUCGACGAGAACGGACGGCCCACCGACGAGGUGAGCCAGGGCCUGCGCGAGCUGCAGCAGUCCAUAAUCAGCGCCGUGCUCCGGCUGCCUGGCAACGACUGCUGCUGCGACUGCGGCUCCAGGAACGAUGUGACGUGGCUGUCGACCAACUUCGGCGUCGUGGUGUGCAUCGAGUGCUCGGGCAUUCACCGCGACCUGGGCGUGCACAUCUCGCGCAUCCAGUCACUGACGCUCGACCAUGUCGGCACCAGCCAGCUGCUGUUGGCGAAAGUGAUGACCAACAACGGCUUCAACGACAUCAUGGAGGCGAAGCUGGAGUACCCUAAGAAGCUGAAGCAGACGGCGUCCAUGGAGGACCGCUACGCGUUCAUCCGGGCCAAGUACGUGGAGCGCCGCUUCGUGGUGCACUCGACCAGCGACCAGUACGAGCUGCUGCAGGACGUGGAGCUGGCGGUCAGCACGCGCCACCUGUACCAGCUGCUGCAGGCGUGGGCCGAGGGCGCCGAACUGACGGCGCCCAUCACCGGCAGUCAUCUGCGCGAGACGGCGCUGCACCUGGCCGUCAGACAGGAGGUCGACGGCAGCUCGUUGCAUAUCGUCGACUUCCUGGUGCAAAACACCGACUCACUCAACACGCAGACAGCGGAGGGCAACGCGGUGCUGCACUACUGCGCCAUCCACAACCGGCCCGAGUGCAUGAGGCUUCUGCUGCGUGCCGGCGCCGACCCGCGGCUGGUCAACAACAACGGCAAGACGCCGCGCGACAUCGCCGAGGAGCGCGGCUACGCGCUCUGCCGAGAACUGCUGGAACACGCCCUGGCCGGCAAGAAGUCCGCGUUCGAGAACGUCAACGUGGACAGCUGGAACCUGAGCAACUACGACGACGGCAGCACGGACUUCUCGGACGACGACACCACGGUGGUGGAGGACCGGCACCAGGUGCGGUCGUCGACAGACAGUCUGCGGUCCAGUCCGAGCACAGGGCGUCGGCCGGACGCCGCGCGCCGCCCCGCCCACGCCAAGCGGCCCCGGCCAGGGACGCCUGCUAUGGGCCCCGGCCCGCUGCGGCUGGCCAACGGCCGCUCCACCGAGAGUCUGUCGAGCGUCGUGUCCGACACGGCCGAGCACGGCCGCCACCGCCGGCAGAGGACCGAUUCGUACCGGCCGCGCCGCUGUCGUGCCAUGUACGACUGCGAGGCCGACAACGACGACGAGCUGACGUUCGCCGAGGGAGAGAUUAUAAUCAUCCUGGCGGAGAGUACGGACGACGAAGACUGGAUGGAAGGCUGCAUCGAGGCCCAGCCACACCGGCGCGGCAUGUUCCCCAUGUCGUUCGUGUACAUGCUGAACGACUGACCGAGGGCAAUACCUCGCGGGCGGCGCCGGAACUUUGAGUACACAUGAAUGACGCCAGCUGUCGCGGGUGAACCGAGAACAUGGUCGCCGCUAUUCGAGCAACUCGUGUUGUAUGGACUAUUUUGUAACUAGCUUGCGUAAGCUCCAGUUAGCAGCUGUCGGCUGCAGCGCGCCUGAGUCUGGCUGGUUCCUGAGAUGCCCUGAUACGCGCGGGAUCUGGCGGCGGCGCGCGGGCGACAGCGGCCAGUGGCAAGACAGGCUGCUGCCCAUCAGGUGCCCCACGAAGUGUGGGGUCGUGCUGGUCGCCGACCCGCGCGCGGCGAGUCGACGUGAGCCCCUGUCUGUGUCCGCGUACAAAGGGCAGUGGGGUCAACUAUGAUUGUUACGAGCUGGUAUUUUCAAACAGUCCCAUUCGCUUUAUUUUAUGGAAGUUGCCUGGACUGACAACUGUUCAAAACUUAAUUAUUAGCCUAGUUGAAGGAUAGCGGUAGAGUAUUUACAUUGCCGAUCGCACUGUUGCAUGUGCUUGCCCGUCGCGAAGUUCCUCUGUGCGGUGUGGCCUCCGUUGUUUCCGUGGCGAAGUUGUCGCUGUGGGAGGGUUCAGUUGUGUAGUCUGCUACUCCCUACCCCAUCCAGUACCAUUCCAGGGCGCUGGCGGACGCCGCCCGUCUGCUGUGUGCGUGCUGCCGGGUGUCCGUCUGGCCAGGCGGCUCAGUUGUGCUUCCUGGCAUGCUCACGUGGUGUGGUGCCGCCUGCUGGCCGGCCGCUCCCUGGCGGCGCCGCUGACGCGCCGACCGCAGCCGGCCGGCGUGGGGCGCCGCCUGGCUCGCGCGUCCAUGUGGCCGUCGCCCUGUUUCCAUGGCGUGUUUAUUUAUUCCUGUGUAUGCGUUGUUGACGGCUGCUGCGUAUGCGAUCGCGAAUCAGCUGUUGACCCUGCGGCUCGGCGCUGGACUGUGUCGGCUCGGUCCGGCCUCUUGAUACUCUUUUCGUGUGGUCGAGCGCGUGCGUGCUGCUGGUUAAUGUCUGUGGGCGUGCGCGAGCCUCGCCAGUGCUCUCUCGCCCAGCCCUAGCCAGUCCGCUUGACCCCAGUGUCCCACUUUCCCCUGUGUCAGUCCCAGACGGGCACUUUCCGGCGCAAGUGAGCGAUUCUAAACACCAGAAGGUGCGCGCAUGUUGGUGGUAUGUCUGAGCGAAAGCAUAAUACAAGGAGGCGAUUAAU